CCCUUUUUUUUUUUUUUUGCCUCUUCUUCUUCUACUUCUUUUGCCCAAGCUCUCGACACGAAAGGGUAUCUCGAAAGGGAAACGACGCAGACCGUACCGUUGUGGAACCAUGCGGGAGUCACGGCUUUUCGGACGUCGUGGCGAGGAUGUACUCGGUCAUACGUCACCUUAUCGAUUGCCAUUGGCUUCCAGCAAACGGCUAGCCCGGAACGGCCCGUUUGUCCCAAAGGAGAAUCAAAAUAUGAAGGCACAAAGUCGCCGAGUAGCGUUUGCACGUCGGAGACUUAAAAGUCGAAAUACAAGUGAAAAUGAGUCCGACGGAGACUUAUGGCCACGCCGUCAGCCUGCUUGAGCAUGGCGGACGUGUGUAUAUAUCACGCGUAGCUUCAUCCGCUCCUUUUGAUGUAGAAGUCGCAAGUACCGGUCCCGCUCUACGUUGGGCCCCAAGUCGAACGACGUCACCUCACCCCUCAUCAGAGCACUAACAUUGCCCUCUUCCUCCGCUAUCAGGAUCUCAUCGGAACGCCGUCGGCUGGAGGUCGAAUCCACACCAUGUCCGACAUUGAACACGCCAACCGUCAUCACUGGGACAGCCGAGCCAAGGAGUACGACACCAAACCCUGGCAGAAGAAGCUCAUCGAGACCGUCUAUGGAGAGCUUGUUCAGCAGCGGGACCUGUUCGGCCUGUCCAAGCAGGAGGGACGGCAGGAAUUCAAGCUUCUCGACUACGCGUGCGGGCCCGGAACCGUCACGCGGGCCUUGAUUCCGUACGUCUCACACGUGCAAGGCGUGGACGUCUCCGGCGGCAUGGUCGACGAGUACAACUCGAGAUCGAGGGCAGCCGGCACCGAGCACGUCGCCUCCGCGGUCCAGGGAAACCUUCUGGGCGACAACCCGUACAUCGUCCCACCCGGCUCCGAGGAAAAGGACGUCGACCUUGCGUCCGACGGCAGGUUUUCCGACUUCGACGCCGUCAUCGUUGGACUUGGCUUCCACCACUUCGAGGACUGGGUAGGGUCGCUGCGCAAGCUCGCGCAGCGCGUCAAGCCCGGAGGCGUCGUGGGCAUCAUCGACUUGGCGCCCUCUGAAGAACAUUGGAAGCACGUCACGGAAGAGAUGAGGAAGAUGAUGCACAAGUCUGGCUUUACCGAGGAGGAGAUGAAAAGCUACAUGGAAGAGGCAGGGCUGGUUGAUUUUAAGAUGGUAUGGCUGCCAGAGGACGUCACCAUGGUUUUGAAGAAUGAUGAGGAAGUGAAGCGAAAGGUCUUUUUUGCCAGGGGAAAGAAGCCUUGAUUGUCGUAUCGUCCUGGAAAUCAAGAAACAAGCAUCUCUCGCCAUGCACAUGUGUUGCUGCAUAUCUGAAGUGCAGAUAUUAGUAGCUUCUGGAGAGUAGCUGGACUUUCAACGCUACUUGUAGUACAAUAAAUUUCUGCGGGAAAUAAGCAGACGAUGCGAGAUCCGCGAUACACAGUGCGGCGGAAUCGCAUGUGGCUGCACGAUACCUUUGCCGCUGUUUUGGCACCUUCAAGAAAUGCUACGAGCACAGCCUGGACCAAUCCGCAGUCCGUUCUCCUCCAUGAAUGAACUCCACUUGAUAUCCAUGUCGCUGCUUAACCAGUCCUCAAUAUCAUUAGUCUUACAGCCGCAGCUUACACCCAUAUCAGACAUCUCAUCC